CCUCGCCUGCAACCACGUCCGUCCAUCCGCUGUCGACACAUUCACCUGACCCGCGAAACACACCUUAACACCUGCCAGCUCGAUUAGAGUAUGGACAACGACGUCCAACCUUCUGGUAGUAAACGUCGACGAGCCACCUUGACCAAGAAUCCUCCUCCCACCGCCUAUCCCGCAAACCUCAUCAACGUCUUGCGCAAACCUCAAUCUCAAACCACCCUCCAACGUGCCCCUUCAGCUCCCACCUAUCCUCGCGGCUCGCCCAUCUCUCAACCCAGCCGCGACUCCCACCAUCGUACUCAAUCCGGCGCGUUUCCAUCAUCGACCUCGUCCUUGGAAAACAUCAGCGGUGGCCCUUCGCCUGUCAUACCUUUCGCCGACUACUCAUCUCCUUACCGCACCCCGCAGACAUUGCCCACCACGCCCCAGGCCUCAGAUGAUCCGAAAGCGUUGAUCGGUGCGCCUUUCGACGCUUCAGGCCUACUACUCACCUUCCAGAACUCGGGCUCCAGUGGCAGCGCUCAGCAUGCGAAUGAAGACCCGCUGAUUUCGCCAUCGACUCAACCCCACCCCGAGUCAGACAACCGAUAUCAUCCUCUGCGAAAUUCUCAAACGAUUGCGACUGGUGGCCUUGCCAUGACAGAGGUCACUCCGCCAAAGCCGGAAAAUGGUGUCCUCAGUCCAAAGCGAAUGUCUGGUGAUGGACAAGUUUCAAAGCCUUCUGGUCCACUUCGAAAGAAGAGCGGAUUUUCUAGCUUCGUCAACAACAUGCUCGGCUCGCCUAGAACAAUCAAAAUAUCCGCUCCUGAGAACCCCAUGCAUAUGAUCCAUGUCGGCUACGAUAAUCAGACCGGCCAGUUUACGGGACUCCCGGCGGAUUGGCAGAGGAUUCUGGCCGACAGCGGCAUCUCCAAGAACGAACAAGAACAAAACCCACAAAUGAUGGUCAACAUUGUCGAGACGUACAAGAGCAAUUUUGGUGGAGAAGACGACGGCAUCUGGCAAAAGUUCGACCACGCAAAGGUGACGAAUUCUCCUCAGAGCAACAACUCCACCUUCCAGAGCCCAACUACACCAAACAUUGGACCAAGCCCAUCGGCAUAUUCUCCUAUGAACGGAGUCGUCUCACCACCCGCAAGCCCUCGAUUUCCACAAAACCAUGAAGGAAGUUUUGAAAACCCUCGAGCACCUCCGCCAAUCCCAAAUAAACCAUCGGCCAAUUCCAUGAACAAGGCUGGUGUACCUCCCAUCAUGAUGCCUCAGAGGCCUGCCCCUAAACCCCCUACCCAGUCACUACGCGACAUGGCUCCAGCCAGACCUGCUCCCCCUCCACCCAUCUCCCGGGACCUACCACUCAGGCCAAGUCCAGACGUUGCUCCCCCUCAGAUCGCCUCACCGCCCUCUUCGAUAUCGUCCAACUUUCCCCGUGAUGAAUCCAAUAAUCGUCUGGACAUCAAGGGCCAGGCUUCCGGAAACUCAGCGCCUGACCCACAGCCAGGGAUUCAGUCCCCUGCCCAGUACCAACAGCAACAAGAGCACGCCAUGGCGAUGGCUCAACAGGCCAUCCAAAGCAAGCAACUCGACCGCAGUCGGAGCCAACGCCAGAUCACCCCCGGCGCACCUGAAGUGCCCCCCAAGGUGCUUCCGGAGAUGGUCCAAAUUACACCGAACAUCCCUCAGGCACAGUUUGCAGCUGUUGCUGAUCCCUCGCCUCAGUAUGUGCAGCAGCAGGCUGCCAAGCAGGCUGCCAAGGUAGGACCAGCACCAGGACCACGACCACGUGCGAAGCGACAACAAAGCAACAUCAUAGACGUUACGGCUCGUCUGAGAGCGAUCUGCACUCCAGGCGACCCGACCAUGAAAUAUUCCAAUCUCAGCAAAAUUGGCCAGGGAGCAUCAGGAGGCGUCUUCACGGCGUUUGAGAGUGGUUCCAAACGAUGCGUUGCAAUUAAGCAGAUGAAUCUAGAACAACAGCCCAAGAAAGAUCUGAUCAUCAACGAGAUCAUUGUGAUGAAAGACAGUAAGCACAAGAAUAUUGUCAACUUUAUCGACAGCUACCUCCAUGACGGAGACCUUUGGGUGGUGAUGGAAUACAUGCAAGGCGGGAGUCUCACAGACGUUGUGACCUUUAACGUCAUGAGCGAAGGCCAGAUCGCUGCUGUUUGCAGAGAGACCCUCUAUGGAUUGCAACACCUACACUCGAAAAACGUGAUUCAUCGAGACAUCAAAUCAGAUAACAUUCUCUUGUCGGAGAGAGGCGACAUCAAGCUGACCGACUUUGGGUUCUGUGCACAGAUCAACGAUACACACAAUAAACGCACCACCAUGGUGGGCACGCCGUACUGGAUGGCGCCCGAAGUAGUGACAAGGAAAGAGUAUGGUCGCAAAGUCGACAUCUGGAGUUUGGGCAUCAUGGCAAUUGAAAUGAUCGAGGGAGAGCCGCCCUAUUUGACCGAGUCACCUCUGCGAGCCUUGUACCUGAUCGCCAAAUACGGAACACCGCGGAUCAAGGACGAAGCUUCGCUGUCCCCUGUAUUCCGGGAUUUCCUCUACUUUGCGUUGAAAGUGGAACCAGAGAAACGGGCAAGCGCGCAUGACCUACUCCACCAUCCUUUUAUGGGAUAUUGUGCACCUCUACCCAGCCUUGCACCACUUGUGCAAUCUGCUCGGGAGAGUCGAGCCGCAGAAAAGGCCAACAAAGGCAACUGAGGUGUGCCCAUGGGCCAAGGUCAAAGUUGCAUGUACAAUCAUUGCCGCCUUGGGAAGUCAAGGCUAGGGUGACAGGAUUGUCGACUGGAUCGAUUUCUUGUCGUCUCGACGAUCUUGUGCAACCUGUACAAGAGCUAUUCCGGGUAGCAUAUCAUCUAAAGAUGAGGAUGGAUGGGUCAACCGUUACUCAGACCAAGAAUGGUCCAACGGUAGAAAAAGACUGACUAGUUACUCAUAAGGAGCUUUGUACAUGAGACACGGAGAUGUGUGCGUCAGAAGCAAGCAUCAACCACGACACCACGACACCACGACAUUGAUACGAUAGCAAGAUGAAUCUAGCGGGCGUAGCGGAGUGUGUCUCCUUCAGGUCGCAGUUAUCCCUUGAGCGUAAGGGACCAUUCGAUGUAAAAGACCAAAGGAUGUGGGUUUGGCGAAGGGGGGUCUAGCUAGAAUCCAGGAGUCCAACUUGGGAACAGCUCUAGCCCAAUGAUAUCAACAAGUAAGAGAAA